AUGGCAGCCACAGACUUUGCUCAUCACUUCACUGAGAAGAACAUUCCGUUCGGAAUAGCUUCCUCUGAGUCUCACAACACCCCUCAAGCUGUUACUAGACUUGGAAACACUGUGAUAUUCCUGAGUGAUCUCGUUGAACAAUUAUUCAAGGACGUUGAAGGCCUUUCUCGAGGUGUAUUUAACGAAGAGACUCUGAAUUCUUUUGCUGCUCUCCCCAAGACUGUGCAUCAGAAUGUCCGAAAGCAGAUCCAGCAAGCUCAUCGACACAAGGGCCUCGAUGGUUUUCCUACGAGCAGCAAAGAAGACAUCACUGCUGUGACGAUGCAUUUGCCAGUUGAAAUCAAAGACUUUGCAGACUUCUCGUGCUCUCUCGACCACGUCAUAAAUGCAGGGCGUAUAGUAGUCAACAACGGAACGCCGCCACCUGGCUUCUUCAAGUUUCCAGUUGGAUAUCAAGGCCGAACAGGCUCCAUCGUUGUUUCAGGAACGGAUAUUGAGCGUCCUUAUGGACAAUUCAAGAACCCUGCUGCAGCUGAAGGCGACGAUCCAAUUACUUAUGCGCCGUCUCAAAAGGUUGAUUAUGAAGUUGAACUUGCUGCUGUGGUUGGAAAACCGUUGGCUAUGAGGCAGAGACUUCAUGCUAAGGAUGCUGAGGAGCAUAUUUUUGGUUUUGUGAUUCUCAACGAUUGGAGUGCUCGUGAUAUUCAAGGUUUUGAAAUGUUCCCUCUCGGCCCUUUCAAUGGCAAGAGUCUAGGAACUUCCAUCUCUCCCUGGAUCAUCACCCUCGAUGCUCUAGAGCCCUUCAGAACCAAGGCCCAAGAGCAGAAGGCCAUAUCAGCCUCAUACCUCCAGCAUCCUAGCCCCUCAACAUUCUCAAUCACCUUGAAAGUUGACGUCUUGGCAAAUAACACCACCACAACACUUGGCGUUUGUCCAGUCGAGUCUCUUUACUGGACUCCUCAGCAGAUGGUUGCGCAUUCAGUCAGUUCAGGAAGUGCUCUCAGGACCGGUGAUCUUCUCGCCACGGGCACUGUUUCCGGUUCUGAGGAGACGAGCCGAGGUUGUAUGCUUGAGUCUACAGAGGGCGGUACCAAGCCUGUUACGUUGAGCGAUGGGUCGAAGAGAGGUUUUCUUGAGGAUGGUGAUGUUGUGAGGAUAACAGGAUCUGUUGGUGGAGAUGAGUCGGGUGUUGGAUUUGGUGAGUGUAUUGGCAAGCUUACUCCUGCUCGGUCGUAUUGA